GGAAGCUGCAGAAGAGGCAGCAGUGGUACACAGCGUUUUGCGACAUUUUCACUCCUACUUUAAAAAAGAAAACGAAUUGUUUUUAAAAUGUGCGUUUAACGCAUUAAAGCUCUUAAUCAUCGUCGGCUGUGCGCCAACUUUUUGUUCUUUUCAUCCAAUUUCGCGCGUUUGUUUUUAAGACCCUGCUAAUCUAAUACUACUUAACAUCUCUGCGGUUUAAAUCUCAUCGUUAUUUUCUUUCUUUCACUCUUUUUUUUAUUUUAUUUUAUUUUUUUAUUGUUUUGGGGGGAAACAUGUCUCGGAAGAAGGCAGCUAAAGGAAAAGCGGCAAACAGUAAACAGUCAGCAGGCAGCCCCUCCGGGAGAGGCGCCGUGAAAGCUGCGAGGAGCAGUCCGAGCAUCGUUCAGAUGAACGGCGUGGUCCAUCCAAGCAGACCCUCCAUCAGCAACAGCAACGAGUUUUAUGACAUCGCUUUCAAGGUUAUGCUUGUUGGAGACUCUGGGGUUGGAAAAACCUGUCUGCUGGUCCGUUUCAAAGAUGGGGCUUUCCUUGCUGGCAGCUUUAUUUCCACUGUGGGAAUCGACUUUAGGAAUAAAGUGAUGACCAUUGAUGGAGUCAAGGUGAAAUUGCAGAUCUGGGACACAGCUGGACAGGAGCGCUUUCGCAGUGUAACUCAUGCCUACUAUCGUGAUGCUCAUGCUCUUCUCUUGUUGUACGAUGUCACCAACAAAUCGUCCUUUGACAACAUACAGGCAUGGCUGACUGAGAUCCAUGAAUACGCCCAACAGGAUGCGGUGCUCAUGCUGCUUGGAAACAAGGCUGAUGCAACUCAUAACCGUGUGGUAAAAAGAGAAGAUGGUGAGAAGCUUGCCAAGGAGUUUGGGGUUCCUUUUAUGGAAACCAGUUCCAGGUCAGGCCUGAAUGUAGAGCUGGCUUUCACUGCUGUGGCCAAGGAGCUGAAAUACAGGUCAAUGAAGGAUCCGAGUGAAAAGUUUAAGCUGCAUGAGUAUGUGAGCAAGGAGAUGAAAGGUGCUGGCUGCUGUGGGACCUAAGUGGUUGAGAGUUUGGGUUCAUGUCCUAAUUAAAUAUCAUUUUAAUCUUGGAAAUCAUCUCUGGACUUAUCAAGAACCACAAGUCAUCUCUUCCUGGCCUUUUGUUCUGCUGGUUUUAAUCUACCAUGAUGCUUUUCUUCACCUGCCUUUUUCUUUAACUGUAAACGGAGACCAAGGUUAGGAUUGAAAAAUAAAAAGAGAACAGCUCAAUUAGAUGCAAUUCUGCUUAUAAUAAUUUUUGCCUCUCAAUGCAGUGUCACAGUCUUAUGACCAUUAACAUAAUAUGUGUGGGUUAUUAUUUAAUUAUUUUAAUUUUAUCAUAAGAUUCUUCUUUAUUUUGAGAAGAUAAUUUCGUAAGGCAGUUAUGUCUAACAUCUACCCAUUACAUCCAUUUUGGCUUUCCUUUUUGUUAAAAUGUUGCAUAUUAACCCUUGAAACUAGAUGUUGUGAUGCUUUUUCUGUCCAUGUUUCAGUGAGGUAGAAAUGAAUCAGCUGGUUCCAAGGAGUUUGUCGACUUGCCAGCACUAAUUCAUAAUAUUUUGAAGAUAUAUGGGUACAUAGUUGGGAAAAUACAUCCUCUCAUCACACCACUGGAGCAAACUGUUGUUGCUAUUUUUUGGUACAAAACUUAUGAAAAGUGUUAAAAAGAAUCUUAAGUGUACAGAUAUCUGUAACUUAUAUUUGUCAUCAAAUGCUGUACCUUUUUUCUUAAUCUUAAUCCUAACUGGGGUAGCACUGUGGUUGAAAGUUAGACCUGUUCAAUUUUAGCUGGGGUCUUUUAUUUUGUUCUAUUUUCAUGUUCUCCUUAUGCAUGCAUGGGCUCCUCCCAGAGUCCAAAAUCCUGCAUGCUAAGUUAUUUGUAGAUUUGAAUCCUCUAAAAGUGUAAAUAAGUGUGUGAGUGGAUAUUUGUCUCACUUUUCAUAAAUGUUGGCUCUGAUGGAAUGGGAGACUUCUCUAGAGAUCAGCCAACCUCCAACAUGCUGAACAACUGUGAUAGGCACCAGCAUCUUAGUGAUCAUAAAGUUGAGCAGAAAUAGAAAAAGUAUGGAUGUAAAAUCAUUUGUUUAAAUGCACUAUAGCCCUGAUCUACUAUCCCAAAUAAAAAUCACUAAUUGCUUGUGCAAACUAAAGUUUCACAUGCAAUUAGUGGGCAUGUUGCAGGGGAUUGAUGUGGAGAAGACACAGUCAGAGAAAGGAGAGGACGUCCUCUGCUAGUUAAAAUAAAAAGAAAUAAUAAUAAUUAGAUGAAAUGGAGGCACAAACACAGGGUAGCUUUUGGACCACAACUGUCACAAUUUCACAUAAAAAAUCAUAAGUUUAAAUAUCAGAGAUUCUAAUUCUAUUAUUUGAAAGGAGAAGGAAACUACAGGUGGUUCAACAGCAUUCAAAUACAAAAGACAAACUUUUAUGGUCUAUUUUGUUUUUUAAAUGCUAUUCACUCCCACUGCAUAACUUAAGUCACAAAAAAGAGAAAAACAAGCAACUCUAGAUUGUGCUUUUUCUACAACAUAGAUAUAACAGACGUCCUUAGACUGUGACAUACAAACAAAAGCUAUUUAUUUCAUAAUAUGAUAUAUUUAAACAUUUUAUAACUGAUUGAAAAAGAGAGUUUAACUCCUAAAAAUUAUCAUUUACAUAUUAAUCACUGCAGUUCAUUAACUGAAUCAUUCCAGUUAUCAAAAGAGAAUUUAUCUAAGCUACAUUUCCACUUGACCUGAUGAUUGUACUGACAGGUGCAAGGCAAUGCGUCCUCCCAGCGGCCCCUCACCUCUAAAAUGAAUCACUUGCCACCGGUGUUGGACAGCAGAGUGAUGCAUUUAGACACAAAAAAAUGCAAUGGUGCAAGGUGCUUUUCUCCCCAAAAUAGCAUCUCAAAAUGUUUGAGUGUCCAAAUAUGUAGAAAUGAAAUAUUCUCUCUUCUGGCUGUGAUUACACCAAUGCCUUCUUCUCCCCACAAUCAUUGCAGGCAUUUUUAUGGUUGCUUCUUGCUUUCAAAUGUGCUCAAUAAAGAUGUCCUGCAGUACUGUACCACACUUUUCAAUAAUUAGCAUAUUUUCUGGAAUUUCAUGAAGGUAAACAUGUUUCAUAGAAUGUGCCUACCAUUUCGUGGAUAUCAAAGGCGUAUGUAGAUCAGUUUAGCUCAUGUUAUUGAGCUUCCCCUUCUUUUAUAAAUGCAAACCUUUAGUAGAUCAGGGUCUAUAUGUAUUGCUAUUAAAUGUGCCAAAUAUGUUGUAAAUACUAAUUUCUUUGCAUUAAAGUACCUAAAACUACGUAAAAUGGUGUUACCUUUCAUAUUGUAUUAGAAAUUGUUUUUUUGUUGAUAAAAGCCAUUAACGGUAUAUUGAACAAUUUUUUCAGAAAUGUAGGUUAGAGGCAAUUUUUGCAUAGCCUUGCAUGUGCUAGACCAUCCAACCUACUAUUCUGCCAUUUGGCAAAAGACUCUCUCAAAUACACUCUGGCCUUACUGUAUUUCUUUCUUCUGAUGCCUUCCACUUCUCAUAAAAUUGUAUAACAGUUUGCUUCUUGUAAUCCUCUGCCAUUUUUAAAAUAUACAGUGAGAGGAGUGGAGCUAUGGGUGAAAAAGAUGCUAUAUGCAUACAUGAUCAAUAAAAGUGCUCAUUGACAGAAAAAGGAAAUGUGCAUGUCACAAAGACAACCAAUAGAUACGAUUAUCCACCUAAAAUGGCUGAAAAAAGAACAUUCACCUUACUUUUAAAAAAACCUAUGUCUGUUUACCUGUUGGGCGACUGUUUGUGUAUGAUUUUGUCAGCAGUUCUCUCCCAUAUACUCCCAAAAGCACUCGGUGGAAGGAAGGGAGACUUCUUGAGCUGAGAGCAGCUGAUACACUUCUUUUUAAAUAAUUCAGUGAGUUUUGGCACUUAAAACUGAAAUGUGUUACAAAAUAAAUCAUUAACAAAUCAUAUCAAAACAAACAAGUCACAAAAGUGUUUCAUAUAAAAAAACUCAUCAGACAGUAAGAGCUGUGGGUUUACCUAGCACUUUUGCUUCAUGUGUUAAGUCAGGCUUUUAUUACAGAAAAACAAUAUAAUACACUUUAGAUAACAUGUUAAUGUGAAUUUUGUUUUAACCCCAGUAGCAGUGUUUACAGACAGUUUCUCAAGAGUGCAGAAAAUAACUGAUCCUAUACAGAAAAAA